AUGAGUCAUUUUGUGCGCCAGAGCAAGUUCCGCCACGUCUACGUCGAGCCUGCCAAGCUCGAGUCAUGCUACACGAACGUGCGGCUGGCUACGGCCACGGGCGAGCAGAACUACAUCAAGGGCAACACCAAGUUCUUUGCCGUGUCCAUUCAAGCAGGCGGCGGCGCCAUGGCCGUCGUGCCGUACGACCGCGUGGGCAAGUUUGAUCCGGAUUUUCCGCUGAUUUCAGGCCAUCGAGGAGCGAUUCUGGACUUUGACUUUAAUCCGUUCCACGAACACCUCGUGGCGUCGGCUUCGGAUGACACGACGGUCAAGAUUUGGGGCAUCCCGGAGGGAGGACUCACGGAGACGUGUGUGGACCCGCUCGUGGACUUGGUGGGCCAUGGUCGGAAGGUCACGCUGAUUAAGUUUCACACGACCGCCAAUAACGUGCUGGCCAGCACGUCGUCGGACUUUUCUGUGCGUCUGUGGGAUAUUGAAAAGGGAGCAGAGACAGUCAAGCUGGAGGAUCAUGGUGAGAACUUGAUUCAGGACUUGGCCUGGAGCUGGACUGGCAGUGUGCUGGCUACAACGUGCAAGGACAAGGUCGUGCGUUUGUACGACGCUCGUUCGGGACAAAUUGCAGCACAGAAGGAGAACGCGCACAUGGGCACCAAGAGUGUCAAGAUGAGUUUUCUUGGCAACAAGGAAACGUUCGUGACGGUCGGGUUUACGCGCCAGAGUCAGCGUCAGUUCAAAGUGUGGGACCCGCGUAACCUCGACAAGGAACUGAAGAAGGUGGACAUUGACCAGGCUGCAGGUGUGAUCAUGCCGUUCUACGACCCCGACACCAACCUUUUGUAUCUGUGCGGUAAAGGUGACGGUAACAUUCGGUACUACGAGAUGUCAGAAGGCGAGCCUUUUGCGUUCCCGAUCAGCGAAUACCGUUCCACGACUUCUGCCAAGGGUAUGGCUAUGAUCCCCAAGCGCGGAUGUGACAUCAUGAGAUGUGAGACGACCCGUCUGCUGAAACUUACGUCGAAUGCUAUUGAGCCGCUGCACGUGUUCGUGCCCCGCAAGUCGGACGCAUUCCAAGAUGACAUUUUCCCAGACACGUACGCUGGUAUUCCUUCAAUGACUGCUGACGAAUGGUUGGGUGGAGCCGACAACUCGCCGGUGCUGAUGUCGCUGCGCCCUGAGAUGCACGGUAAGAUCACGAAUGAUGGCAAGCGUGCACGCUCUGCAUCGAAGACCAGUAGUGUGGGUUCUGGUAUUGCAGCUCGCGUGGCUCGUUUUGCACGUGGUGGCAGUAAGAAUGACAACACGCCGGAAGGCAAGCUGAAGACCGAAUUGGAAACAGCUAACGCUCGAAUUGCAAAGCUGGAGAAGCUGCUCCGUGAGAACGGUAUCUCGUACUAA